GCCCGCGCCGUGACGCUGGGUGUUAGGUGAUGCUUCAGGACAUAGUCGGCUGGAUUAUCUCCGCAAUAUAGUAAAAGAAAUAUAACUUUAAAACUUGCUAACAUGGCGAAGCAAAGCUCGCUUUUCAAUUUUUUCACCAAGUCUCCGCCGCCGGUCUCCAAGCCGAAGCCGAGUCCCUCUCCGACCGAGGCAGACCUGCCCUCCUCCGUGCAGAAGUCCAACUCCUCUCCCAAGGAGCAAGCCAAGCAGACACCCACCCAGCAGCCAGCCAAGGCCAGCAAAGUUCAGCAGAAGAGUAACUCCAAGACUACCAGCGGGGGAUUCAAGAAACUAUUCGGCGACAAGACCCCGGCAGCCAAAGACAGCAGCUCCACAUGCCUAUUCAACGCUGGGGCCCUUGUGUGGGCAAAACUGGAGGGCCACCCCUGGUGGCCAUGCAUGGUGGUACCCCAACCUCUGACUGGGCAGCAGAUGAGGGGCCGUGGUCGGGCCCAGCGCAUACACGUUCAUUUCUUUGACGAGCCUCCUACCAGAGGAUGGGUUAGCGUCAAAUAUGUCAGAGAGUAUCAAGGCUCUGACAGCAGUGACGCUAAAACUGGAGGGGUGUUCUUCAGUGGCAAACCUGUCAUUCGUCGGGGGAUGGAGCUUGCAGAUGCAGUUAUGUUUGAUACUCCUGAAAAAAGACUGAAGAUGCCUCUCUGCAUGGAUCCAUCUGAUGACGAAGAGGGGGAUGAUGAUGAUGAAGAAAUGGAGCUCGACAACUCGACACUGACUGAUGAAGAGCUCAGUGAUAUGGAUGAAGAGAAAGAAGAGAAAGUGAAGCCAUCCAAAGUCAGUCGACGUUCAUCCCGUGCCUCAGCAGAGAAAGGGAACAAAGCCAAGCGGCGUCGCAUUAUUGUAGCCUCAGACAGUGACGGAUCAGAUGAGGAGUUCAAACCAGACCACGCUGCAUCUAGCAGUGAGGAUGAAGAGGAAGAAGGCGCAGUGAGCAGUGAAGAGGAGAGCACCCAAGAGUCAGAGGCAGAAAGCCCCAUCAAGCCCAUCAAGCGCAAACGUCCUGCAGAAAAGGCUGCAAAUACAAAAGCAAAAAUACCCACUGGACCGUCUGCUGCACCCAAACAAGCCCCGACAGCAGUCGCAGCCGACACAAAGUCUCGUUUAUCAGCCUUCUCUGCUCCUGACAACUUUGAGAGCCAGACAAAUGGAUCAGGCUCCACUGGAGGUGCAACAACUUGGGAUCAUGAGAAGCUGGAGUGGCUGCAGGAUGGCAGGAGGAAAGACAGCAAAAGGCGGCGACAGACAGAGGACGGCUACGAUCUUACCACCCUGUAUGUGCCAGAAGACUUCCUCAACCGAAACACUCCUGGUAUGCGUCGGUGGUGGCAGCUCAAAUCUCAGAUGUUCGAUACAGUGAUUUUCUACAAGGUAGGAAAGUUUUAUGAGCUCUACCACAUGGACGCUGUGAUCGGCGUCAGCGAGAUGGGACUGACAUUCAUGAAGGGGACCUGGGCACACUCGGGCUUUCCAGAGAUCGGCUUUGGACGUUUCUCAGAUGUACUGGUCCAGAAAGGCUACAAGGUUGCUCGUGUGGAGCAGACGGAGACCCCAGAGAUGAUGGAGGCUCGCUGUAAAACCCUGGCCAAACCCACGAAAUUUGACCGUGUAGUGAGAAGAGAAGUGUGCCGGAUUAUCACGCGUGGUACCCAAACCUACAGUGUGUUGGACGGUGCUCCUUCAGAGAGUCAGAGCAAGUUUCUCCUGAGUUUGAAAGAGAAGGCUGAAGAGGAAAGCUCUGGUCGCUACCGCACCUACGGAGUUUGCUUUGUUGAUACCUCUGUGGGUUGUUUCCAUGUCGGUCAGUUCCCAGAUGAUCGUCACUGCUCACGCCUGCGCACCCUUAUCGCACACUUUGCCCCCGCUGAGGUGCUCUUUGAAAAGGGGAAUCCGUCUGUUGAAACACGCAAAAUACUCAAGGCCUCUCUGUCCUCUGCUCUGCAGGAAGGACUUAAUGCUGGAACACAAUUCUGGGAUUCUCAGAAGACACUUAAAACCCUUUCAGAAGAAGAUUAUUUUAAAGAGACUGCUGGCAAGGAGCAGGGGGCUGGGAGCAGUUUUCUUCCAGCCCUUCUCAAAAAGAUGACCUCUGAGAGUGAUUCACUGUGCCUUUCUCCUAAAGAGGGCUAUGAACUGGCGCUGUCGGCUUUGGGUGGAUGCAUAUUCUACCUGAAGAAAUGUCUGGUAGACCAGGAGCUGCUCUCCAUGGCUAACUUUGAAGAAUAUGUCCCUGUUGAUGUUGAGAUGGAGAAAGCUGACGGACCCGCCAGUUUCUUUGCCAAGACUCGUCAGCGUAUGGUCCUUGAUGGAGUGACCCUGGCAAACCUGGAAAUCUUUCAGAAUGGGUCAGGAGGGACAGAAGGGACACUGUUGGAGCGUUUGGACACCUGCUCGACCCCGUUUGGCAAGAGGCUGCUGAAGCAGUGGCUCUGCGCUCCUUUGUGUAACCCCACGUCCAUCAGGGACCGACUGGACGCGGUGGAGGACCUGAUGGGAGCUCAGGCUCAAGCUACUGAGGUAACAGACCUGCUGAAGAAGCUCCCUGAUCUGGAGCGUCUCCUGAGUAAAAUCCACAGCAUUGGUACUCCUCUGAAGGGCCAGGACCACCCUGACAGCAGAGCAGUUCUCUAUGAGGAGGUCACCUACAGCAAGCGGAAGAUAGCAGACUUCCUUUCAGCACUGGAAGGUUUCAAAACAAUGCAGGACAUCAUUUCUGUCUUUGAUCCAGCUUUGGGUGAAUUUCGUUCCACGUUGCUCUGCCAAGUUGUCAGCGUGAAGAAUGAAAAGAACGGCCUCUUUCCAGACCUGUCUGCUGAACUCAGGCGCUGGGAGACGGCUUUCGACCACCAGAAAGCGCGCACCACUGGUGUCAUAACCCCUAAAGCUGGCUUUGACCCCGAGUUCGACCAGGCUCUGACAGGAAUCAAGAACUGUGAGCGAGAGCUGCAGGACUACCUGGACAGACAGAAGAAGAGACUUGGCUGUAAAAGCAUGGCCUACUGGGGAACUGGACGAAACCGCUAUCAGAUGGAGGUUCCCGACAGCGUCUCAGAGAGGAACAUCCCCGAGGAGUAUGAGGUGAAGUCCACGAAGAAAGGCUGCAAACGAUACGUGACAAAGGAGAGCGAACGCCUGUUCUCUGAGCUGCAAGGAUUUGAAGAAAAGAGAGACGCUGCGCUGAAAGACUGCAUGAGGAGGCUUUUCUACAACUUUGACAAGAACUACAAAGACUGGAAGACCGGUGUGGAGUGCAUGGCAGUGCUUGAUGUGCUGCUGGCUUUGUCACGCUACAGCCAGGGAGGAGAUGGACCAAUGACCAGGCCGCAGGUAGUGCUCCCUGAGGACAACAACCAUGUUGCGCCCUUCAUCGACCUCACUGGAUCCCGCCACCCCUGCGUCACCAAGACCUUUUUUGGAGACGACUUCAUUCCUAAUGACAUCUUCAUUGGCUGCUCUGGUAGCAGUGAAACUGACGAGGAGGGUCGUGCCUCUUGUGUCCUUGUCACAGGACCAAACAUGGGUGGAAAGUCUACUCUCAUGAGACAGUGUGGACUCGUGAUCAUUCUGGCCCAGCUAGGCUGCUAUGUUCCAGCAGAGAGCCUCCGCUUCACACCAGUGGACAGGGUCUUCACCCGGCUGGGAGCCUCGGAUCGUAUCAUGGCCGGAGAGAGCACCUUCUUCGUGGAGCUGAGCGAGACGGCCAGCAUCCUGCACCAUGCCACUAAACACUCACUUGUGCUCCUGGAUGAAUUAGGAAGGGGCACAGCCACGUACGACGGCACAGCGAUUGCCAGUGCUGUUGUGAAGGAGCUUGCUGAGAAGAUCUGCUGUCGCACCCUCUUCUCUACACAUUACCACUCCCUGGUGGAGGACUACGCCAAAAACCCUGCUGUGCGUUUGGGCCAUAUGGCGUGCAUGGUGGAGAACGAAUGUGAGGACCCAAGUCAAGAGACCAUCACAUUCCUCUACAAGUUCAUCACCGGCGCUUGUCCAAAGAGUUAUGGAUUCAACGCAGCUCGACUCGCCAGCCUGCCAGAGGAAGUCAUCCAAUCAGGACACAGGAAGGCCAGGGAGUUUGAGAGGAGCACCAUCAGCAUCAGACUCUUCAAGAAGCUCUGCCUGUUCGCUGACGACGCCACGCUGGACAGCGCACACUUUGCUUCACUCGUUCAACUGCUCAACACCCUGUAAUCUUCACACAAACACUGCUGUUGCAGAUUUUUUUUUUUGUUCCAAGCAUUUGGAAAAAACACUACUGUAAUGAUCUAAUAAAGUUUAUUUUUAAAAAAUGA